UACUGGCAUGACUACCAACUUCGUUGGGACCCGGCACUCUAUGGCAACAUCGAUUCUAUCCGCAUACGGCCUGAGAAGGUCUGGGUUCCAGACUUUGUGCUCUUUAACAACGCUGACGGCAACUAUGAAGUGACCUACAAGUCCAACUGUGUCCUGUACCACAACGCCGAGGUCAACUGGAUUCCCCCGGCCAUCUAUAAAAGUUCAUGCUCCAUUGACGUCAUGUACUUCCCGUUUGACCAGCAGCGAUGCGAGAUGAAGUUCGGCUCCUGGACACACCGGGGCAACGCGCUAAACUACAGCUUCUACCUAAACAUGGACAAACUAGACUUGACCGACUACCUCAAGAGUGGCAGCUGGGACAUCAUUGACUGCCCUGGCAAGAUUGUCACCAUCAGGGACGACGUCUCCGGCGACGAGAAGGAGCAGAUCGUCUUCGAGUUCAUCUUGAGAAGGAAGACACUCUUCUACACAGUCAACCUCAUCAUUCCGUGCGUCCUCAUCUCCUUCGUGAGUAUCUGCGUCUUCGCCCUGCCAGCCGACGCGGGAGAGAAGAUCACUUUAUGUAUCUCUGUUCUCCUGGCACUUGUCGUCUUCCUGCUACUGGUCUCCAAAAUUCUCCCGCCAUCGUUAACGAUCCCGCUCAUUGCCAAGUAUCUACUCUUCACCUUUGUCAUGAAUUUAGUUGCCAUUCUAGCUACAAUCAUCAUCAUCAACCGCAAUUACAGGACGCCAAGAACACACCAGAUGCCGAGAUGGGUCAGGGUUAUCUUCCUCAGAGAACUACCCAAGUAUCUCUUCAUGAAGAGACCAGACCACGAUAAGAGAUGGCAGAGUGUUACCUACACGCCGCCGCCAUCUUUCCACUCAACCCCCGAUUCUCGGCGACUUGACAUCAGCCUCAGCAAGAGCUGUGAUCUCGUGGAGCUCUGUGAGGUGCACCAUCCCCACUGCAAGCUCAACCUGGGCACUCACAACCACAAAGAGACUUACGUCAGACACUGCAGCUCGGAAAGUCAGUCGUCGCCCUACUCCAGUCGCAAGGAGGACACAUUGAACAGUUCAGAAUCGGGUCACUUCAGCAUGUCCCCAGAACUAGCUAAAACUCUGGAAGCGGUGAAGUUCAUCUACAGUCAUCUGAAGAGUGAGGAGGAAUAUGAAACAAUUCUGGAAGACUGGAAGUUCGUGGCCCGGGUCAUUGACCGUCUUCUGCUGAUCAUCUUCCUGUCGGUGACCACAGCAGGCACGGCAGGCAUCCUGCUCAACGCCCCCUACAUCCUGGACUACGUGGACCAGGACCAGAUCAUCCACAGCCUGCUGGACUACAUCAGGAAAGCUAAAGCAUCGGGCGAUCGCCAGGUGUGA